AUGGAAAUGGAGUUAAUGGGAAGGCCUGGGGUUGCUGAGUAUUGCCGCAAUAUGCCUAGGGAACAUUGGUCCAGCUCGUUCUUCACUGGCUGUAGAUUUGGUCAGACUACAUCAAGCGUUGCUGAGUCCUUCAAUAAUUGGAUUCGGAAAGACAAGAGGUUUCCUGCCUGCGCCCUCGUUGACAUGAUCAGGUUACGCGUUAUGGAGUUGAUGAAUGAACGUCGCGAAAUAAGUCUUUUGAUGGACCCAGAGAAGCUCACUCCUACCUACGAGGCGUUACUUAAAGAACAUAUUCAAAUUGGUCGAGUUUGGAAUGUUACUCAGUCAUCUGCAUAUGAGUAUGAGAUUCAUUCACCUAGGUCUCACACUGUUGAUCUGCUGAACAAGACUUGCACCUGCCAAAGAUGGCGUGUUUAUGGUUUUCCAUGCUCUCAUGCUACAGCAACUAUUUCUGCCAAGGGUGAUCGAUACGUAGAUUAUAUCGAAGACUACUUCAAAGUUACAAAUUUUCAGCAGCUGUAUUCAAUUGCUAUCAGACCAAUCCCCAACUACAACAGGCCAGAGCAGUAUCUGCCAGAGGAUACUAUUUUCCCACCCCAUCCACGAGUUCCACCAUGUAGGCCAAAGGGAAAUCGUAUCAAGAAUGCAUGA